AUGUCUUCCAAACUUUUUCUUGAUACAAGUCUAUUACAAGAUGAUAUUAUGACAUAUAAUAAUAACAGAUUUUAUGAGAUUAUCGAUCAGUUAGUUGGUCAAGACAUAUCCGAUUUAAUUAAAUUACAAGCUAUUCCAAAUAUUCCAUCGCUGCUAUUAGUGAAUGAUAUUUUUGAAGUUCUAAAGUUGGAUUGUGACAAUGUCAACGAUAUUCGUGGCAGAAUAACGUUUAAAUUAUGUGAUCGUAAAUUACGAUGGGGUGAACGAAAUAUAAGAAGAGUUAGGGUAAUAAAUCUCAACAUAUGGCCAAAACGACCUACUGAAAAGGAUAAAAGUAGAGCUUUAAAGUAUAAAAAUCAGAUUGCCUAUAUAAAAAAAGGGUUAUCACAAAGUUUUGGUUAA